AUGUCUGAUCCAACGAGCUUUUUGGAAGGAACAUCUAGUACAAUAACAUCCCAGGAGGUUAUCUAUGAACGUGUACGAAACGAGAUGCGUGGGGAAAUGGAUGCUAAAGCUGCAGAAAUAGAUGCCAAACAACAACAAAUUGAUGCAAAAUAUGAGGCAAUGGAGAAGAUGUAUGCAGCCUUGCAAAAUAUGAUGGGAAAUUGA